AUGGAAAUGAUUUCAGAAGAACAUGAUGGUUUUUCUUCCCCCUCCAACCCGUCGAGACUGGAGUUUGACCAUCGUUUUGGCUUUAAUUCUUGUCCAAACGGAACACACGACCCUAGCGCGCUCUAUCCCUCCCCGCCUCCAACGGCCUCGCAAUACAGCGUUCCCCUGCCCAUGACCCACACAAUCGGAGGCAUCCUCGAUUCUCCGAUUGUUCACACGAAAACUACCUCCUCCGCGGCAUCAUUGCCGUUGUCCCCACCGCCCACGAUCACACCACCAACGCGAGCUCUGCCGCAUGCGACCCUCCUUCUUCCCAUCCCGGAGCUAUCCGGCUCGUAUCGACUCUCCGAAGUUCAACUGCUUUCGCCAAUUUCACCAGAAUGGCCAGACCAGUCUUUUGGUGACUCGAUUGACGGCGCUAACAGCGUGCUCAUGUCAGUGGGCGGCUAUCUAGAGGCAGCUGGCGGCGAUCAUAGCGACCAAACUGACUUCGCAGAGUCACCCUCGCCACCGUCACCUUUCUGGUCUUCGCCUGAAAGCGACCCCAUGCCAUUGUCUCCAGCUCCGUCUUUCCGAGAACUAGACGAAGAGCCUCCAUGGAUAUAUUCCUCUCCGAAACUGAUGGCAUUUGCGUCGCUGCCAGCAUCAGACCUAGAUGACCUCGACAUUGACAUGGAGUGUGGCCCCGGCCCUGGUGGCCUGGCCUCCCCUUCUCGUCGUUCCGUUUCGUCCCUCCCCAUGUUCGAAGACGAUGAUCUGGAUCUACCUUCGAUAUCGCCACCGUCUAAUAACACUAGUGAUAACGCUCUUUGCCUUGACCUACCUCAAGCCCAUCCCCGCACUAAGACACCAUACGUGUCAAUUCUCGACGGGUUCACUGCCGCGGAACUAGUCGACCGCUUACCACAAGCGCUUGUGCAGUCGGAACUGGAAGAGCUGCUUGCCGUCCGUGGUCGUGCACAAUCAACCAUCACCGAGUUAGCCGCAUCGACGGGGCAGCCAAAGCUGAGACGGAAACGGGCGAAGGAGCUGGCACGGGAGACGGACGCGCUGCUUGGACUUGAACUGGGAAUUGUCCCCAGUCAAGCUUUCCCAAGCCCGCCAUUCGCCGCCUCCAAGGACGAUGACCCAGCAGGGUUGGCCGGUCUUGGCUCGGCUGUCGGUGACUCGAAAAGUUUGCCGCAGCUUGUGGCGCGGAUGAUAUUGCGGAGGAGAGAGCGUGGCCUGCAUAAGCGGCUGGAGGGGAAUGCAGGCAAGGGCGGGAGGAAGAAGGGUCAGGGCGUGUCAAAACUACGAGAGGGCUCAACGCUUGACGUUGACGACGCGAUGGACGUUGGUAUCGAUUAA